ACCACUUUUAAGUAGCAAAUUUAGAUUUAGAACCAAUUUGUUAUUCUCUAGUUGUUAGAAAUAUUGUUUUUACCUCACAUGUGGACAAAUUUGGCCAUAAGGAGCUACAUAUGAAAAACUUGAGAUGAUUGCGAGAAAAUUAAACGAAUACUAGGAGUGUGAAACUAAACUGGUAGUCGAAAUACAUGUUUUGAUUGUUCAUAUUCGAUAGAAGAAAAUGCUAUAACUCAUUGGUGAUGAGGAUUUUUGUUAGAGACAGAAUAGAAUGCAGAUUCACUAGUUAGUCUAUGGCUUACGUGCUGGAUUAGGUCCAAGCAAUAAGAGCGAGAGAGAUACAGAGGGAGAGAGAGAGAGAGGGGUAUGGUGUGUGAUUGUGAAUUUGAAUGCUGGGGCCUUCCCUCCUUUGAUGUUGUAGUUGGACUGGUCUUUGGCUCCAAAUUCCAGUGCAAACCCUUCUUACUGUGCCUGAUGAGUACAAUGUGUGUGCAGUGGCUCCUCCCCCCACCCUCAGCAAUAUUAUUGCUUGUCUUCUUCUGGCCCUCUGAAGCCUCCCCCUAACCAACAAGAUCUGCAACCCUCCUCUUGGUUCUCCUCCCAAUGCCCCUUUUUAUUUCUUUCAGAUGUUGCCUCUCUCUCCCCCUCCUUUACUUCUUGUGAAGCCACAGCUUGGAACAUAGUAAAUUAAUGCCACCACAACACACAUAACAAAGCCAAAGCCAGUCAAGAUAUCAUUAUUCUUUGGCCCCAUUCAACCCCCCCCCUCUCUUUCUCUCUCUUCACUCCUCAUUUAAAAUAUUGUAACCAUAUAUGAUUAGUAUAAUCCCAUGUCAUUUACAGAUCACAUCCCAUGUAUUAAGAUUGAUAGAUUCCCUCUCCCUUGAGAUUAACAAACUUGGCAGUCUCUUCUUGCUCCCCAACUUAACAUGCCAAUUCAACAGCAACCCCCCCCCAGCUUUCACUUUUAUUUGCUUUGACCCCCUGCUUAAAGGGGAAUUUGAUCUUUGGAAAAUGUGUGCUACUUUUUGAGCUUUGGUGUGUUUCUGCUUUUGGGCUCUUCUGUAAAUGGGUAGUUCAUAAUCUUGUUUACCAUAGGAAGCUGUGUGUGGUUCUUUGGGCCAUUGGUUGAUGCACCACCUUAAGCACAUGGCAUUAAACUCUUGGAGUCGUACUUUCCAGUUUGAUUUUGUAUAUGGGGCCUCCUCCUUUAACCCCCAUUUUUUCUGGAGACAAAGCUUGGAUCUUUACAUGUGUUGUGACAGGAGGAGGAGGCUAUGAGCAAAGGAGAUGCAAUCCAAGGUUACAUGUCUCCUGCAUGAAUCUUAUUUGGAUGAUGUUGUAAUGACUCUUAUGUAAGUCCUUCCUCUCCCACUCUCUCUCCAUCUCAAAAGGUCAAAUCCAUCUAAAGGGCUUGUUGCUUGAGAUAACAAAUUUUCUCAAAACAUCCAUAUGCUUUUGAGCAGUACUAACAUUCUUACAAGUUUUCACCUAUCUUCAACAUUCUAUCCAUCUUCAUGGAUGAAACUUCCACCCAAGAAGCUCCUGAAAAUGUUCCUCGCACCAAUGAAAUCAACACAAAGGCAUUGACCAUCAGGAUAGCAGGAUCACCAUUGCUAGAAACUGGAGAGACAUCCAACCCAAUCUCUCCUUCCAUUUCCAUCUCCCCACAUUUGAACUCUCCUUCUCCUCCUUCCUCAGCUUUUGUAUCAGCUUUGCAAUCUCCUUACAUUUCCCCAAGAGCCUUGGAACCCCCUCUACCAAAUAGCACCAUCACCACCACCACCACCACCACCACCACCUCACAGCCCACAAAUGCAAUCCCUUCACCAAUCUCAUACUCCUCUCACUCUGAUGACAUUCCAAGCACUUCCUACACUCCCCCAUCCGAAAGAUCCGAUUUUUCGAUUGAACCAACAGGCCAAAAGCCCAAAUUUUCCGAUGCCGCGGCUCCGCCGAGAAUCUCCUUCUCCUUCCCUGCCCCUCGAAUCUCCUUCACUAAAGGCUCAGCCUCCCCUUCUUCCAACGCAAAACUCCGAAGCUGCGAUGUUUAUAUCGGUUUCCAUGGCCAGAACCUCAAUCUAAGCAGAUUCUGUAAAUGGCUCAAGUCUGAGCUUGAGCUCCAAGGAAUAGCUUCUUUCGUCGCCGAUCGAGCUAAGUAUUCCGACUCCCAAAGCCACGAGAUUGCCGACCGUAUCAUUUGCUCUGCCGCUGUCGGUGUCGUAGUUGUUACUCCUUCGAGCUUUUUGAAUCCUUUUAGUUUGGAGGAAAUCAAGUUCUUUUCUCAGAAGAAGAAUCUGGUUCCUCUAUUGUUUGAUACCGAGCUAGCAGAGAUUACCAGCCUUUUAGAUGGUAAGGAGGAAGAUAAGGAAUGUAAAGAGGCCUUUGAAGGGCUAGUUAAGUGUAGCGAGUACAAGCUCGAAACAAAUGAUACCAACUGGAGAAGUUGUGUGUUAAAGGCUGUCGCAAUCUUAAGAUCGAGACUUGGAAGGAAGAGUAUUACGGAGAAGGAGAAAGAAGGUCCCGAGGAGUUGCCAUUUCCCCGAAAUCGGCAUUUUGUCGGUAGGGAAAAGGAGAUAAUGGAAAUCGAAACUGCUUUCUUUGGGUGCUGUGAUUUUAUUGAUAUAGAGUGCCCGAAGCCAGUGGUGAUUAAUGGCGGAUCGAGUGGGUUGUCGGACGGAUUUGCUGAUGAAGAGAGCGAUACGAUUAGAACCAAUAGUAGAUUCAUCAGUUUGGAGAUGAAAAAGUGCAAGGAGCCUACUUUAGAAGCUUGGAUUGAGCCGGUGUUUGAAAUAACGAGUAAAGGAAGAGGCCUUCAGAAGCAGAGAUCAAAGAGCAGGAAAUCGAGGAGCGGAGGAAACAAAGGCUGUGGUGGUAAUAGUAGUUGCAGUGUUUUCUGCAUAAAUGGGGCUUCAGGUAUCGGAAAGACCGAGCUGGCGUUAGAGUUUGCUUACAGAUACUCCCAGAGGUACAAGGUGGUUUUGUGGGUGGGCGGAGAAGCAAGGUAUUUGAGGCAGAAUGUAUUGAAUUUGUCGAUCAAUUUGGGCUUGGACGUUAGUGCCGAAGGAGAGAAGGAGAGAGGGAGGAUAAAAAGCUUUGAAGAACAGGAGCUCGAUGCUUUUCAGAGAGUGAGGCGCGAGCUAUUUAGAGAUGUACCUUACUUGCUCGUGAUUGAUAAUCUCGAGAGUGAGAAAGAUUGGUGGGAAGGCAAAGAUCUUCAUGAUCUGAUACCGAGAAAUACCGGAGCUACCCAUGUAAUUGUUACUACUAAUCUGUCGAAAGUGAUGAGCGUCGAUCCCAUGCAGCUCCCACCUUUAUCCUUAUCCGAUGCGUUGGUUUUGAUCAAAGGGAGGAGGAAGAAGGACUACCCUGCGGAGGAAAUCGAAGUUCUUCGUAAGCUUGAUGAGAGAUUGGGAAGAUUGAGCUUCGGGUUGUGGGCUAUUGGGUCCUUGCUAUCGGAACUAUCAAUAUCUCCUUCGGCACUUUUUGAGGCCAUCGAGAGGAUUUCCUUCAAUGAUAAUGCCUUCUCUUUAGGUGUUACUGAUGACGGCUUCUGGAGGAACAAUUCUUUCUUGAUGAAAGUAAUGGUUUUCUGCUUCGCCUUAAUGGAUCGAGCUAAAGGAAGGAGCCUUUCGUCACAAAUGGUUCUCGUAGGUUCCUGGCUUGCUCCUGCUCCUAUUUCGUCGACUCUACUAGCUGCUGCAACUAAUAAGCUUUCCGCAAAGGGAAGCGGUUUCCACCAGUUGGGAAAAUCUCUUUCCAUGUCUCUUUGUUUUGGUUGUUUGGACCCACAAUCUCGCAAAAAUGAAUUCGAAUCCGCUCUGUUGCUGGUUAAGCUAGGGUUGGCUAAAAGAGCGAACCGCCAGUCGGGUUUUUGGAUUCAAAUUCACCCGAUCGCACAAAUGUUCGGCAGAAGGCGAGGCGGGCCUUCGGCUGCCAUGUCAGCGGUGCACGGAGUGACCAAGUUGGGCAAUGCUGCAUUGUACUCGGACCACUUAUGGGCUUCUGCUUUUCUCGUAUUCGGGUUCAAAUCCGAGCCCCCUCUCGUUCAGCUUAAGCCCGUAGAAAUGGUCCUUUUCAUCAAGAAGGUGGCGCUCCCCCUCGCGGUCCGGUCAUUCGCGACCUUCUCAAGGUGCAGUUCAGCUCUCGAGCUCCUGAAAGUGUGCACGAAUAUUCUAGAAGAGGUUGAGAAGUCGUUCGUGUCGCAAAUUCAGGAUCCGAAAAAUAGAUCACUAUGUUGGAAGAAGGACAAGAAGCCUCAAUGCAGUCAAAGAGUGGAUGAGUAUUUGUGGCAGGAAGUGACUUUACUGAAGGCGGCGUUGCUCGAGACGAGGGCGAAACUGCUUCUGCGAGGAGGGCUUUUCGACAGCGGCGAGGAGCUGUGCAGGACAUGCAUUAGUAUUAGGACAGUGAUGCUUGGCCAUGGCCAUGCACAAACUUUGGCUGCUCAAGAAACACUAGCUAAGUUGGUGAGGUAUAGGAGUAAGAUAUAGAAAAAGAAAAAGCUCCUAUGCUUCUUCUUCUUUUUUCUUUUUUCUUUUUUCUUUUUUUUUCUUUUUUUUGUCACUUUAUAUGUAUCUUGUUUGUUGGGUUCAAUGAGUUAUCUCAUUUCAAUCUUGCUCAUUGAUAUCCCUCUUAGCUAUUAUUGCUUCUGUAAUUAUACUUGGGUGGAACUGAGUAGCAACUUGGGGCAGUAAUUGUUAUGAAUUAUAUUGGCCUAUUUUUUGUUUUUUAUUUUUU